AUGGAGAGUGCAAAGAACAAGGAGUGCAACUCCACAAAGAAGACAGAGGAAGAAUAUAUGAGCUGCAAAUUCAAACGUACAUCAGUAGAUGCCGAAGAGGGACAGGGGGCUUCUGGUAAACCAGAUAUACUAGAAAACUCGGCAAAGAGGACCAAAAGAAAAAGAUCUAUAAAAAAUAACAGAGCUUGUUGUCCACGAAAAAUGCCACAAUGUUGUGACAGUGUGAAACCUCAGAAGAAGACGAUGCCAAUUCCUCCUUUACCUUCUAUACUGCCGCCUGUCAAUCUGAUUCAUAGGGAUGUUGUGCGCGCUUGGUGCCAGCAGUUAAAACUAAGCACCAAAGGCCCGAAACUAGACGGAUAUAAACGACUCUGUGAACAUGCCUACCCUCAUCAAAAAAACAUUCCUGCCACAGCCGAGGAGGCCAGGAUCCUAUCACUAGCGAGAAGAAAAUCAAAGAUGGACGAGGGGGAACUACCUCUGGAAUGUUCUGAUGAAAAGAUGUCUUCUGAAGUGGCUGCUCCUCCUGAGGAGGGAGCUCCUGCCCUUGAAGAAGUUCCUGCCCUUGAAGGAGAUCCUACUCUUCAGGAAGUUGUAUCGACUUCUGCCUCUGACCCAGGAACUGUGUUUGCCUCUUGGAGCAGAAUGACGGCCAGGGCCAUGAAGAUGGAGUCGGUGCAAUCACAGGAGACCUGUGGGGUCUGGUGGUGUGUGGUUCACGGGAGAGGUCUCCCUGCUAACACAGAGGGCUGGGUUCAUUUACAAUUUCAUGCCGGACAGGCUUGGGUGCCUGAAAAACGAAGGAGGGUGUCUGCGCUCUUCUUGCCUCCUGCGGGCAAUCAUCCUCCCCCACACCUGGAGGACAACAUGCUGUGCCCUGAGUGUGUGCACAGGAAUAAAGUAUUAAUGAAAAGCCUGCAGUGAGAUCACAAUACCAGUAAAAAGGGUACAGCUAUGAUUAUAAUUAAUGAUAGAGAAGUGACUACAAAUCAACUCUAC